AUAGAAAAUCUAAUCUUCAAUGAAGUAAUCAACCGCAACUCAACUAAACUACAUGGUUGAGGAGAGAACAAAAAAGGUAGAAAUCACAAACGCCAUAAGUGGCAGACGGACAAACAUGCAGAAUUCACAAUAAUCGUUGAUAGAUAACACACACGAAUGAAGAGAAAUCUCAUGGGUGUCUUAAAAAUCUCCUCCUAUGUUCUCAAGCUAACUGUAAUUUUUUAAUUAACGUUCGAACAGCGCUUUCACCACUAACCGCGAAUAUUUUGAAUAAAAGAAAAUCAAAGAAUUCAUUAGUUUUUUUGUCCCUUGAUAAAAAUCAAUAUUGAACAAAUGAAAUAAACCUGCCCAUAUUACUACUGCUUCCAAUGAAUUAGCUGUUCUAAUAAGAUGAUUUGAAUCUAAACCAAUUUUGAAAUAAGUAACGGAAUCAUGACAUACUGGUAUAGACGGCCAAGGACUUCUUAGACCUUUUGGAUCCUUAAUGUAAAAAUUAAAAAUAGUGCAUGGGUUAUUUCAUUACAUGCAAGAUGUGAUAUUUUAGUGCUGUAAGAAAAUUCGAAUUAGUCCACUCGUUUUAAGAACUAGACCUCAUAACGGUAAACAAACAAUAGUUAUUUAUAUUUCUUUUUAGCAUUAGUACAGAAAAGACAUUAUUCAUUAUUCUCGAUUUUCUCGACAGCCUCUUCUUAAUAGCAAGUGAGUUUCCAAAAAAACAUGCAUCACGCAUUUUCUUAGCUGGAGCACGAACUGAAAGCUCUAGAACUGCUGGAUUUUCUACGGCAGAAGUCUUUUUGACAGUCUAUGCUAAAGAAUAAAAGCUCUUGUUCAAAAUAGAAGGGUUAUUGAUUUCUUCUAGACUAUUCUCUCCUUUCAAAAAGCUUUCCCUAAGUCCUUUAGAGGAAAACAAUAUUGGANGGUGAAAGCGCUGUUCGGAUCUAAGAUGAUAAAGUAAAGGUUUGUGUGUUUCAUUAUAACCUAUCGAUGAUGAUGUACAUACCACUAUCAGUUACUGAUAUAUUUUCUUGCAGUUUGACAGUAUAAAAGGUGGUCGUUAUUACCAUUUGAUCGCAAUCAUCGCCUCGCCUCAGUUUGCGCCGAUAUACUCAUUUUCACAAUAACUAUUUAAUGGACUGUGGAUUCUUUUUCUCUGAAGAACAAAAAUAUGAUUUAUGUUCUUCAGAAAGCUGGGAAAUAAAAAUUAUAUUCUCUGAAGAACACGAAUUCGUUUUUUGUUCUUUAUAAAAAUGUAGAACUAAUUUUUUGAAGAACAAAAACCCUACUGAAGAACAAAAAAUGUGAAAAUAGGCUGAAGAACAUAUAUUCUGUUCUUCAGUUUUCAAAGAACACAUUCGUGUUCUUCACCAUGUUCUUCAAAGAACGGAAGAACACAGAUUUCUAACAGUGUACACAUUUAUGCACAUUCGAGUAGUUUUUUAAUAGCAAUGUCUACGGAAUCAGAGAAAAAUGAUUAGGAAAAAUGUUGCAGGUAGUAACCUUAUAAUCAUAAAUAAGUAUUUACAAUUGGUCCAAAUGAUUUGCUUGUAUGGCUGAAAACAUUUAUUAAUGAUGAAUGUAUUAUCAUAAAAUUCAAAGAUAAAGUCAUAAUUAUUUUUCGAUCUAUUUUCCUUUGAAGGUUAGACAAGUAUAUUAAAUAGCGUUAAAAUUUUUCAUUAUUUUAUUAAACCGUUCGAUAAUGACAACAAAUCAUUUUAAUUAUCUGUUCUGCAAAAAUCGUGGACAAUUCAAUUACUUCAAAGAUUACUUCAGACAUAUAACAAGGUAUCAUCACCAUGAAAUUGAAUUUCACAUCACCUGUAACCUAUAACAUGUGUCAUACAUAACGUUUUCCGAUUAUAAAACACAUGUUCAUCGCCAUCAUGCUCAAUUAUUACAGAAAAACAAUAUGAACUUUUUUCCUAGCAAUUACGAUGAUACCGACGAUCAAGUUGUAUUUACAAUGUCAAAUGAUGAUGAUCCUGAUGCAUUAUGUGGAAUUGAUGAUGAUUUAUGCGGUUCAUCUUCGGAUCAUGAAGAUACUGAUGUAUUUUUACCUACAAGACAGGGACAAAAUUACUCUUGA